AUGUAUCUUGAGCAAUUACCUAAUGAACUAUUAUUCGAGUUAUUUGAAUAUUUUCAUCUCGUCGACCUUUUCCGUGCUUUCUAUCGACUUAAUCUACGCUUCAAUAGACUCCUAUUCGAUUAUAAUCAACAAUAUCAUUUGGAUUUGCGAUCAAUAUCCAAACAUGAUACCGAAAUCGUAUGUAAAGAUUAUCUUCCACUCGUCAAUCAACGUAUAAUCUCCAUUCGCCUUUCCGAUGACGUUGAAACACCAAUUUCAUCCGAAAUUUUCUUCGCCAGUACUUUCACUUUCGAUCAAUACGUUCGUUUGCAGUCUCUUUCCUUGUACCAUAUCUGUUCUCUUUCUCGAACGUAUGAAAUCCUAUCACAAUGUCAACACAUGUCUCGUCUCCGACAUCUCUCUUUCAUCAAAUGCAAUUUUUGGCAAGACGACAAAGAUUUUCAAUACUUUAUUAACACCAUCUGGACUCUACCAAAAUUGACUCACUGUACGCUCGAUUAUACGAUACCUGGCCAUCGAUUAUUAACACAGAUAUCUUCUGUAUCUCAAUCGAUUGAAUGUAUUUCGAUGAAAGAUAUCCAUUGUAAUUUUCGUGCCUUGUCUCAUCUGUUUGAACAUACACCGAAACUUCGUCGAUUGCAAACAACGAUCUUCUGUGGAUGUUCAGAUGAACAAAUCCACACAACGAAUCCCUCAUCGAUUGUCGCAUUGAAUAUCGUGCAAAAAAGUUCGUUGAAUUCUAUGAUUAAUCUGUUUCAGAAAAUGACGAAUCUUCGAUAUUUAACUCUCGAAACGAAUUAUAUCUAUCUAAAUGGACUCGAAUGGAAAAAAAUCCUUACUGAACAUCUUCCGACUAUCAGAAAGUUCCGUUUAAGAAUGUUUUUUGAGUUAUCAUCGCUGCGUAGUCGAGAAGAGCAAGUUGAUAUGUUACUCAACUCAUUUCGAAUACCAUUUUGGAUUCGGAAAUACCAAUGCUUUGUACAAUGUGAUUGGACAAUGUCUAAAACACAAAAACAUGCGGUGCUCUAUACUCUACCCUACUCAUUUCAGCAUUUUCUCUUCGAUAAUCUCUGCCAAUCAAAAUCUACUUGCCCGAAUAAUCGAAUCCAUCGAUCGUAUGAUCAAGUCACUCAUUCACAAUAUCUCGAAUACGAAAACAGUCUGAUUAGUAAUGGUUUAAGACCUUGCUCAAUUCAAUGCACUAAUAUUCAACGUCUUGAAGUUCGACUUCCAUUUAACGAUAAAAUUUUCUAUUCUCUAGUACCGACAUUAGCUCAAUUAACAUCUCUAGAUGUUAUCCUGAACAAUAAUUUCGCUUAUUAUCAAUUACAAGCUAUACUCGAUCGAGCGCCGCGUCUCUAUUCAUUAACAUUUCGAUGUUUACAAAAUCUCCCUUCGGCACUGUUUCGCUUGACAAGUGCAUCGAUUCGUCGAUUAGAUUUUAUUACUACAUCUACAUUACGUUGCGGGCAUUUCAAGAAAUUCGAAUGUGAAGCGUUAGGUGAAUGUGUACUUGGCCAAAGUUGUCAUGUACUAUUGGUUAAAGUACAAAAUCGUGCGAAUAUUCUUCAUUUGAUUCAAAUUAUGCCGAAUCUUCGAUCGAUGAUCGUUCAAUGCGAAGACGAAAAUCCACAAACGGAUGAAUUAUUGAAAUGGUUACGCGUGAAUUUGCCGUCGGCAUGUUCGGUAGAAAGAGACCGUGAUGAUCUUUCAAAAGUUCGUCUUUGGAUUCGGUGA